AUGUUAUCGACAAUUAACUAUCUUUUACAGUUAUUAAUCACUUUUAUUAGUGUUAUUUGUGUUUCUCAUUCUCAUCUCGCUGGUAAAAUCAUUGAUCACGAUCGGACUGUGGUUAAUUGUGGUAAAUACAAACGAGAGGCUAAUCAACAUUCAUGUGUCCUUACACCUUUCAACCCUGAGGGACCUUAUUUUUUACCUGAUGAUUUACACCGAUCAACUAUCAAUGAACAAGAGAAAGGUAAACCCUUACACUUGGAGAUAAAUCUUGUGGAUGCAAAUGAUUGUAAACCAUUGGAAAAUAUGUUCAUUCAUAUUUGGCAUGCAAACGCCUUAGGGAUUUACUCUGGCGUGGAUAACAAUUAUAAAGUACCUAAAUACUUGAAAGGUUUAACAAUCGGUGGACCAGGAGAUUCGGGUAUGGGUCCUGGUGUUGGUCGUCCUAAAGCUAUUUCCAACAAUAGAGCAUGUAGAGGUUACCAAGUGACCAAUUCCGAGGGUCAAGUUAACUUUAACACAAUAAUUCCUGGUUGGUAUGGAGCAAGAUGUUUACAUAUCCAUGUUGAAGUUUUCCAUGGGAAUACAACAGAAUUGAACAAUAUUAUCUAUGUAACUCAGAUCUAUUUUCACCGUGAUUUGCCCUCGAAACUUUUAUGGAGUGAACCAUAUUUUCAGAAUGACCAUCAAAUUUUUUUGAAUGAUCAAGACGGAAUUUACCUGUUCCAUGGUAAUGAAACAACCGUCGAUUUGUUGGAAACUAAUGGUCAUUAUUCAACUUCGAUAACUUUUGGAAUCAACCCCAAGGCCUCAAAAAAGGACCAUCAAAAUUUAACAUCGAACAGUUUGAAAGGCAAAAAUAUCUGA